GGAUCUUUCCUGGUCCGAUGUCGCACUUUCUGUGACCAAGAAUGUCAUUGAUCAGCCGUCAUACUAUAUCAGGAAGUAGCAAGCUGGCAGCAAGAUGAAUCCAGAUGUUGAAGAACGGAAUAUCAUCAAAUUUGACCCACCUGUUUCGGUGCAGCGAUACAUGGAAGUUUGCAAGAUCCUAUCACAGGACACCACAAUUGAAAAGGUGGUUGAUUUUGGUUGCUCAACAGGGCAGUUCUUCAGGCAUCUGAAGGAAAUCCAACACAUUAGAAAAUUUGCUGGUGUGGACCUCAGCUACGGCUGCUUAGAGGAUGCUUACCGGGCAGCCCGACCUCUAGCCUGGGAAUGCAUAUACAGGCGAGCCCAACCAUUGGAUGUGCAGUUGUUUAAAGGAAACAUCUCGAUCAAAGAUCCAAGACUCUAUGCCUUUGAUGGUGUCACUUGUAUUGAGCUUAUAGAGCACUUAAACGAGAGUGAUUUAAGGAAAAUGCCUGACACCAUAUUUGGUUUCAUUCAGCCAAAGAUAGCUGUGAUCACCACGCCCAACCGAGACUUCAAUGUGGUCUUUCCAGAGUUGCAAGGAAUGAGGCACUGGGAUCACAAGUUUGAAUGGAGCAGAACUGAAUUUGAAGAGUGGUGCUCACAAGUGCUAAAAUGCUACCCUAACUACAUGGUUCACUACAGUGGUGUUGGAGAUGCACCAUCUCAGAAGUACCAAGGUGUUGGCCACUGCUCCCAGAUUGCAACAUUCAGGAGGACCUGCCAAGCCAUUAACAGGUCCGAACUGCCUUCACUGGCUUAUGAACUUGUGUUUGAGACUAGUCAUCCUAGUGGGGAUGGCUGAUGGCAUGCCGGCAUACGCACUACCAGAACAAUUCUGACGCCUCUUCCAUCGCUUUAUCAUCUUGGCUUAUGUUGCAUGAGAAGACGGCAUAGGAUCACAUCUCUGAAAAGGUCAUUGACAGGAACACUGGUGUGGCUUGUUUCUGCAUAGUGACACGAGUGUGACAUAAGUGUGGGUA